AUGGCUACACAGCAAGCGAAUAUUGAACUAUUGAAUUGUCGAAUGGAAGUAGUUCGUUUACAAGCGUAUAAAGAAGCCAAAGAGAGAAUCAAGGCUUGUAUUCUAAACGUACAUGAAUUAUUGUGUUCACAAAUUGAAAUGGGAAUGUCCAUGAUGAAUUAUGUGAAAGAUUCAAUAUCGGUAUUGGAUAAAAAUGAUUCUUGGAGUUAUUGUCAAAUCUUACAUCAAGUCUGCUUGGUGAAACAGCAGUUGAUCCAAAUGCAUUUGAUUCUGUCUGUAGAAAAGAAUUUACAAAGCCUGUUCAACAGAUAA